AUGUUUUUAAACAAUAUCUCAGACUCAGAUGAAGAUAAGAAGUGUGCUCCAAAAAUUUGCUUAGAUACUUUAGGAUUAAGUUAAGAAAUUGAUAAAAAUUCAACAAAGGUCAUAACUAAAAAUAAGAACUAUAAAAAGAAUUUAGGUGUUGGAGGAGCUAGUUAUGACGCCUGCGAUAUUGAUCUUAAUACAUUCACAUUUGAAAAAAACAUAUUUAAUUAAGAGAAAAAAUAAUCGUAUGACUCAAUAGGAGAGGGAGUUGGUGAAUUUAAAUUAUUGGAAAUUCCACAGGGAGCUUCUUAAGAUAUCUUAGAUCCAUUAAUUUUAUCAAAUCAAGUUAGUUAAUCUCAAUAAUGUUAACGGGAUGCAAUAGAAACAAGUAAUAAUUGGGUUUUAGAAGAAAUUUAAAAAUAAUAAUAAUAUUUAGAAUAACUAGAAAAACUUGAAUAAAUUGAGAAAUAAGAGUAAGAAGAGUGUCAAAUAGAAAUUUGUGAUUUUCUAGAAGCUGCAAUAUCUGAUUUAAUACCUAUGCCUCCUGUUUGCCCUUAUUCUGUAAAUAUUACUCAAAUAAAUUUGCCUGACUAAUUGUUAUCAUUUUUAAUUAAUCCAAUACCUACUGAAGGUAUGUUUUAAUGCAAAAUUGUAAGAGAUAAAUCAGGACUAAACAGAUUUAUGCCAAAAUAUAAGAUGUAUUGGUGUCACAAUAAUUAAUUUCUAUUAGCAGCAAAAAAGUCUUUAAAUAAGAAUAAGUUUAUUAUUACAUAAGACAGCGAAUUUAAACAUAAAGAUUAAGGAUAAAUAUUAGGAAAAGUUGAAUAAAGCAAACAAUCUAAGGCUGAUUAUUAUUUAUUUGAUAGUGGAUCGAAAAAAAAAGAAUCAAAUUCAAUUAAAAAGAUGAGAGUCUAAUUAGGGAGUGUAGACCAAGAAGGAUGGCUUUAGUUUUAAGAAAAAGUGAAAAAGAAAUUGUCUAAUUUAUUAGUCGUAAACCUUAAAUUAUAAAUACAUAAUAAUAAAUUAUACACCUUAGAUUUUUUUGGUAGAGUUAAAAAAGCUUCGGUAAAGAACUUUUAAUUAGUUUUGAAAGGAGAAGAAAGAGAUCUCAUUUAUGUUUAAUUUGGAAAAAUUGACAAAGAUUAAUUUCACUUGGAUUUUAUGAGUCCACUCAGUCCCUUAGUUGCCAUGUAAUUAGCUCUAUGUAAUUUUAAUUUUAAAGGAAAGGCCUGA